AUGUUGUCAAAAACAUCUACAUACCAUCUAACAUGUCGUUUAUCGUCGACUUUGGCUGAAAGAAUAGCUUUUGCUGGUUCUAACGCGGCCAAAGACUCUCCAGAAGCCGAGAAUCUGAGGAUCGAAUCGGAAACGGAUCAAGAUGUAAUUUUUUUGAGGUUUUUAUUGUUUCUUUGUUUAGGUUAAAAUAUCUGUAAUAACUUGAUUCUUGUUAUUAUAAAUAGAAAUGAAUUAAUUAUCUUAAGUUGUACAUUAAAUUUUUUGCUUUUGAAGAAAUUUUGUUGUUUUAGAAUGCUCCAUUCCGAGAAAUCUUCCUGAAGCCAAAGCGAAAGCUUCAGUCGCAGUUGCUGAUCGAACGAAUGACUGGACGAGCCGAAGAGGUCAAAUAUAGUCAAGUGGAUAUUAUGGAUCGAAUUGCUGUAAGUUUUCUUUAUUUUUUGUUUAUUUUUAGGUAAAACUGGUAUUGUAAGUUGGUUCAAGGCGCUAAUAACUAUAUUGUUUUAGGUAAGAACUCCAAGAAAGGAGGAAAUGAAGUUCGAUCAAGAUUGGGUGUCAGUGUGGCCGGCAGCCCAAUCUUUCAGAUCUUCUGUUGUUCCUCUACCGGUUAGAAUGGGCUAUUGUAAAAUGAAGAACGGCCGUGCUAUUCGACCGCCUUUCAAGUCCGAAGGCAAUUUGGAGUUGGUCAAGAUCCCGAACUUUUUGCAUUUAACACCACAGCACAUUCAAAGGCAUUGUGAGGUUCUGAAACGUAAGUAAGAGUAUUGUAAGGGAUCAUUGAGCAUUAUUAACAAUAAUUUUUGUCUAAACUAGUAAAAAUAUCAAUUAUAUUACACUUGAGGCUAGUUUUUUUUAAUUUUAGAAUUCUGCACGGAAUUUCCACGGGAAUUGAAGGACAACGAAAGUCUAGUACAUCAAUACUACCCAAUAACGAGGCAGUACAGUGACUAUGUUCAUCAAGGAACAUCUCUUCGUGAUAUCCGAGCUCGAGUGAUAAAGAUUGAGAUUAAAUUGGGCGAUCUGAACCUGUCUGAUAGGGCCAAAGAAAAGUUCAGACGUUUAGUUGGUAUGAGGUACAAUGAAGAUACGGACAUGUUUACUUUGGUCACGGAUCGAUGUUUUACUAGACAACAGAAUCAGGAUUACGCCGAGUAUUUGCUGACAGUUUUGGUCAAUGAAGCACAGAAAGUGGAAGAUUGGGAGAAGCUGAAGGACAGGGUUGACAAUUUGAAGGUGGACUUUAAGGGAUCGAAGACAGAGGAGAAGGUCUUCGAUAUAUUGAGCCUGUUGAAGAAGGAUGAGGUAGGGAUUUUUGGAUCUAUUGGGUUCUUUAUUGUAUGUAUUAGGUUAGUAAAAGGUGAAAAACAGCAAUACUCUUUUUUAAUAUAACCUUUAGAUCAAAUUUAUACUAGAUACUGCUGUUUUCUUAAAAUUUAGGUAACAUUUUCGUCGAUUUUAAAGCUUUUUUGUUGAAUUUUGGAGUUUUAGGUAACAAUUUAUGUGUUUUAGAAUCCACCAUCAUCAGCCAAAGCUUUUGACGAAGAAAAGAAGGAUUCUGAAGAGUUGAAGAAGUUCAGCGAUGUAUGGUAUAACUACAGGAAUACUGUAAGUAUUUAAAGUUAAAUUUAUUGAUUACUCAAAAAAAAGUAAAUUUAAAAAUUGGUAAUAAAGUCCAAGUGUAUAUAAAAUGUAUUCUAUGAGCUUGUAGACCAAAUAUUUUUAAAAGAUUACCUACUUCUUGAUAAGCUGAUAAUCUAAAACAAUAUAACCAUUCCAACUAAUAAUUUCAGCCAGAAACCCCAGAAGCAGCCCGUGACUACGGUCAGGCGGUACGUGAUAUGCUUGGCCUUCCGAAAGUGACUCCAGAAGACAAGAACAACGUGGAGUACAAGUGA